AUGGAUCCUAUGGAAGAAAACAUUUUCCUCGAGGAACAUAUGAAAUUAACGUUCAGUAUUAUGAAUGAUCUGCGGAAAAGGAAAGAAUUGUGUGACGUAGUACUUUGCGUUGGACAGCGAGAAAUCAAUGCGCACAAAGUUGUUCUGGCAUCGUUUAGUCCUUAUUUUUACGCAAUGUUUACAAAUGACGUUAUUGAAAGCCGUCAAAGCAGGAUAACGUUGAAGUCCAUGGAUCCAAGAAGUGUGGAACUGCUAAUCGAGUUCGCAUACACCGCUCAAAUUAGAAUAACUGAAGAAAAUGUACAAAACUUGCUUCCCGUGGCCUGUAUUUUGCAGAUCUCGCCUGUGAAGAAAGCGUGUUGUGACUUUUUGCAGGCGGAACUAGAUCCUUCUAACUGUAUUGGUAUAAAAGAUUAUGCAGAGAUUUAUGGUUGUGCCGAUCUGGCGAAAGCUGCGGAGAAGUUUAUUUUUCGUCACUUUCUAGAAGUGUCUGAGAGCGAGGAAUUUGAGAUCUUGAACCAGGAGCGGUUGAUUGAUUUAAUUAGUCGUGAUGAACUUUUUGUCAAGUCAGAAGAUGAGGUGAGGUGUUACUGAUAGUCUGUACCACAGAUGAAACUAAACCACUGGGUUAGUUCAUCUGCGAGCUGGCGCCGAAAUCCUUGUUCUGAGCCCUUGAUUGUGUACCAGGAAUUGAGUAUGCGCCAUGGUUGGCCAGGUAAAGCAGUUAUUGUUUGAAUGGCCAAUCAGGUUGAAGGGAGGUUCAAAAUGCACUUCCCAUAUCACAUACUCCUUGAGUCUGUUGGCGGCCCAGAACAAGAAUCUAGCUGCUGCUCCACAGACAUUACUAGCUGGGGUUAAGAUAUUAUGUGUCUGCAAUGCAGGCUAAGGAUAGGGGGACUUCCCACCAUCCUCCUCAUAAUUUUAGGAGGAGACGGUACUUAAGUAACUGACUUAUACUGGAAUGCAGGAACAUGAUUUGGGUUUUGACCUCAUUUCUGUCCUGAAAUGGUUGGGGGGGGGGGCGGGGGAGGAUUUUGCAUUGAUUUUGUCUUAAGGUAGGGUGAAGUCUGUGUUCAUGCCAAGACUGACCCAUCAGGCCAGAGCUUUUCCCAAUUCUGUGAGCAUCAAGGGAUUAGGAAUAUUUCUACCAGGGCGGAUAAAGGUUGGGCGGUGAAACGAGCGCUCCGCUCUUCAUUUAAUGUGUGAUGCGGAGUAGGACUGGCACAAGCGCUCUUUCCGCGCUUCCGGUGCGCUUGAAGGCCGGCGAAAUUUUCCUUUUUGCAAACCGGAAAUCCUAUUUUCUUUCUGUAAUUUCAGGCUACAUUGUUAAAUAGAUAAAUUCGUUUCAUAACAAUAUCAAUAAACAGUUUCAUAUGUUUGUGUCUGUACGUCUAUAAGUCAAACUUGUUGGUCGUAUAAUGCCAAAAUUUGAGUUUAAUUUGAAAGUGUUGAAUACCUCCUCCUUCCACUAAAUAUCACCUAAUCGUCUUUCGCCGUUUCGUUUGCAAAAGCUUAACACUUCUUAACCUCAAUUUUUACAUAUGUUAAAGGGGGAUAAAUUUUAUAUAACAUAACAAAAAAUUAGAUUGAUAUAUAUUGAUAUAGUGGCGUUGUACUUCUUCAAACUUUGCUUCUCGGGUGCAACGCGCCAUGGCGAUUCGCGCAAUGCGUUGCAAAUCCGGCAACCGCAUGUAAACAAAAUUUAUUGAGGUUAGUUGUAAGGUUUUUUCUCCGUUUUUCUCUCUAAAACAAAACAAGGUAAACAGUAAAAACUGAGGGGAAACUAAUUUUGAAGUUUCGAAGAAACAGAAAGACGUAUGAGAUGUUUUUUUCAAAAUUAAAAAGAAGGAUGAUGGUGAUUGAAAUUAGCAUAAUUUCACCUUGCACGAGCUGCACGCAUUUAUAAAAUACACGUCAUCUAGUUAUGAAUCACGAUCUGUUGUCUUUUAGUUUUGCCAUGGAUGACAUGGAUGAGAUUUUCCUUCGUGUUUUAGAAAAUACCUAGUUGCUUUUGUUUUGGAAUAACAUCGACAUUGGCGAGUAGCAAAACGAAAAUAUAAUUCAGUUGUUGAGUCAUGGAAGUAAUAAAGAAACCCUUUGAAAGAGAUGUUUGUCUACUCCAACUAAACCUCCCGCAAAAAAUUGCAACAUUUGCCUCUCGGAGACAGCGUACCAGCACAAAGGAACGAGGAAGAAGUGCAAGAAAACAAAUCAAGCCGCCAUAAUUCAGUGACAGCGGCAGUGCCUAAUGGACAAACCACAUCACAAGCCCUGACCGAAGUCGAAAACAAGGGACAUUUCUAAGCAGAGUCCCAGUCCACUGCAUCACACCUUUUUGCUCGGACGCGCUCGUUUCACCGCCCAACCUUUAUCCGCCCUGAUUUCUACCCCCCUGGAUGGUAUUUAUCAAGAGAUCAUUCCAUUCAGCUAAAAUUGCACAUUUGCAGUAAGAGGGAAAGAAGAAGCUUUAAAUCCCUGGGCAUUGCCCACUUCUCUAUUAGUCACUGCUUUCAUACCUGCAUGUUUCUCACAUUCCACUUCCCUAUUCUGAGUCAUAGUACUAUAAGAGAUUUAACAUUACAGCUUUGAUUUUCAUAUAUUGUACAUUAUUGUCUACAACUUUCAGGUUUUGGCAGCCCUGUUGAGGUGGGUGACAUAUGAUUUAAAAGAAAGAACAAGAGAACUAAAGCAUCUUCUGAGUUACAUACGAGUACCAUUCGUGUCCAGUUCAUAUCUCAAGUCAUUGAUCCAGUGUUGUGAAGAAGGACUAAGGUCUGAGUUCAAAGACACACUGAUUGAAGCCUUUUCGGUAAGUUAGCUGACUGUAUGCUAUACCAAAAGCUUAUGCAAAGUUUGUGCCGUAAACCUCAAAUGUCCAGUUAUAAUAUAACAGUCUAAGGAAAAUUGGAAGGAGCUCAGUGCUCUGAAUCUGCAAAAUCUAGGGUGCCCAGCAAGUAAUUUGUAUCAAAAAACCAAGAGAGUUAAAGUUGGGCGCCAGGGGACACAGGGUUCUGCUAUUAAAUAGUCAAGAAUACUUUUGACCAAUUCUUUUUUUGGCCCUCCCAGCCCCCAUUAUUAACCCAACCUUCCCCCGCCCCCCCCCCCUUCUAACCAGGUCUAGAAAUAAUUUUUACCAUGGUCUUACGUUGAUCUGAGCACAGUGAAAAAAAACCAAGCCGAUUAAAAGUGGGCCCCAGGGGCCACAGGGUUCUUCUAUUAAAUAAUCAAGGAUACUUUUCACCAAUUCUUUUUUUGGCCCCCCCAACCCCCAUUAUUAACCCAACCCUCCCCCGCCCCCCCCCCCCCUUCUAACCAGGUCUAGAAAUAAUUUUUACCAUGGUCUUACGUUGAUCUGAGCACAGUGAUUUUGUUACCUCUGCAUCCUGCGUCCCUGACGCAUAAAAAUACCCAAAGAUGUAAAAUAAUUUUUGGCAUGCGUCCCGCACAGCGUAAAGAUUGAUUGAUCAAUUCGAAGAUGAUUUUUUGUAGAAUAUCCUGUUUGUGUGAUUUCUGUGGCUGUUUUUGUGGCUACUGUUAAACUAGGCUUAUUUCUUUUAGUCUUUGUUGUGCGUUACAAUAGAAGGAGUGUAUUUUUAUUGCAGUAAACUGUAAUACAGAGUUUUGGAGUCUGCCCUUCAGAGUAACUGUGUGGUUACAGAUAGCCUGCAGUGCAGGCAAUUUCAUCGGGCACCCGUGAAUGGUUUUAAUCGUAAAAGCGCCAUGUUGAAACUCCCGAAGAGAGGAGGAAAUGGGGCGAGUCAAGGGGAGGGGGGAGGAGGCGGGGAGAAAGAAGAGUAUUUUUUUCUUCCCUCCCCCUCUCCUUUUUUCGCCCUCACACCUACGCUAAGGGUUACUAUUUCUACUCUCCCCAAUCUUCCUCUGUCAUAAAAUCAAAGAUGGCGGCUUCAUCGAUCCAAUUAACAAGCUUUCGCCCACUCAAAAUACGCCUGCACUGCAGGCUAGGUUACAGAAGACCCAGGGACUCAUUGUUUUUUGAACUAGGUCUCAAUGGUUCUGGACUGGUACUCAUGUUUUUUCACAAGAUGAUUCCUAGGACUCGCCAUAACGAUUUGUAACAAAAUCACUGGGCGCAUCAUCAUAGCAUAAUCUUUUGCAGAACCUUAUUAUAAAGAACUUUGAGAUGAAAAAAUGUUUCUUACAUUUGCCAGGUCUCUAGGAGACUUUCAGAUAAUUCAGGAGAACUGGCAUAAAUAAUAAACUGCUUUGUAUUAAAAAGAGGACCAAUGACAAUAUUUUUUCAACAGGACUCAAAGAGGAUUUCUUCAAUUUGUACAAGCCAUAAAAGACGUCCCCCAGGACCAACUGUCAUGUUCUUUGCCGGUGGAUAUCUGCGGAGAUCUCUUGACGUUCUAGAGUGUUUUGAUCCCCUUUCUCUCACAUGGACAACACUUUCUCCUCUCUCACUUCCGAAGAGUGGAUUAGGAGCUGCUUACAUUGGUAAGGCUAAUAUCCUGGAGGAGGGUCUGCCUUGAGGUCCAACCUCUUACACAUUUAUACACCAUUUUUUUAGAAAAGGUAACCGUUUUGCAUACCAGUGAUUUUGUCAGAAAUAGUUAUGAUGAGUAAUGGAACUCAUCUUGUGAAAAAUCAUGACUACCAGUCCAGAACCAACGAGUCCCAGUUAAAAAAAAAAAAAUUCCGAAUUUGAAAAUGCUUGCGCCUUUGUGUAACCAGACAGUUAAUCUGAAGACAGACUCCAAAACUCUGUAUUACAGUAAACUGAAAUUAAAAUAUGGUCCUUCUAUUUUGAAGCACAAAAAAGGCUAAGAGAAAUAUUCAUCAUUAAACAACAGCCAUAAUAACUGCCAUAGAAAUUACACAAAUGGGCCAGAUAUUUCUACAAAUACACAUGUUCAGAUUGAUCUGCCACCAUCACCCAUCAUUGUCCAAGACUCAGACCUGUCAAAACAUUGAGUUAACUGUAUCUAAAAAUUGUGACCCGCUCUUCUCCCUCAUGACCACCCACCCCACCCCCCUUCCCCACCCCUUAGCUUCACGAGACCCCAGUGUACAAAAGUGUCUUCCUCCCUUUGGGGGCUCAUCUUCACUGUGCAAACAUAAUGUAGAUUUGAGCGAGAAAAUUGAGAUUUGAGUGAGAAAAUUCCAUUCAGUCUGCCUGGCUUUGUACCUAUUACCUAAUUCUACUCAAACUUAGCUCCACAUAAUGACUUUACAGAUAACAUGUUGUACAUAAUUGGAGGCCGCAACAACACCUCAUCAGGAAACAUUGACACAGCGAGUGUUGAACGUUAUGACCCCCUGCGAGAUGAAUGGAGGACUGUUAAAUCUCUCAGUGUCCCACGCAACAGACUGGGCGUGGCCAUCUGUGAGGGCUGUAUAUAUGCAAUUGGAGGUGGAAAUGGAAACUCAUGUCAUGUAUCAGUGGAGCGCUACGAUCCAAAGCAAGAUGAAUGGACAACGCUGAUGCCCCUGAACUUUCCUAGAAUAGGUAAAUGGAUUUUGUAGUGUCAGAUCUAGAAGCUGUGAAGACACAGCUGUAGUAAGUGUUUUGUACUGUGGCAGAAAUUUGGGCUGGUUUUUUCUUUUUUUUUCAACCUCUUAGAAAGCAGGGGUAAGGGGAAAAGACCCUCUUUCUUCUCUAACCCCACCCACGGAGGUCGUGCUUACAGUCUACUUAGGUCAAAAUUAUUGCCUAUAGACAAAGCACCUGUCAAGUAUUGCUCAAACAUAAAAAUUUCUCUUCACACUGAUGUAUUGAUGAUAUGAGUGAAAAGUUAAUUUUCACGUGUUGCUCCAGAAAAUAUCCACACUCUGCCCACUGAGAUUAUAAUGGUUUGAACUCCCCGCCCCCCUCCCUUCUGGAAAUCCCAGUUUGUCUCAUACUGGUACUUUGCAUUUACGAUUUUGGCACUUAAAACCACAUUCCCUUUAGAAUUCCCAGUGACCUUUCACUUGGGUACUGAUGUUUUCUAGAAGCACAUAAUAGAAACCUUCAGAUUCUAAGACAAGGAUAACUACAAGGAUCUACUAUUAAGUAGUGUGUGCAUGUGAGCCAGUGUCAUUUUAGUGGGAAAAUGUGAUGGCUUUUGCCAUUCAACUAUAGGUUUUAGCGAGAAUGUUGAAGUGGCUGAAACAAUUUAUAUUAGAAGUUUUAUCAUUUUGCCAUCGGGACUUCAAUAAAAAUAACCGCUGUGAAAGUUUCUGUUGAAAGAUAGUACAAUGAACCUUUCCAGGGUGUCUAUUUUUUGAGAAUACUACAUGUAUGUAGUACUCGCAAUCCUCUAAUUUAAUGGGCUCUAUUAUAAGGUGGGCGAAAACAAUCUGCUAUCAGUGUCCGGCCUCAAGGCAGCUUAUUUCAGAUUAUACAUAUGAGCAGUACAGCACACUGAGUGGUAAAUAAAGGUAUUUGAUUUUUCUGUCUGAAUAUUGUGAAAUUCUUAUCUUAGGUGUCGCUGUUGCUGUGCUUGGGAAAAAGUUGUAUGCCAUUGGAGGGUUUGAUGGAAGAAACAGGCUUAGAAGGUUUGUGAAUGAACUCUCUGUCUACAUCUAGUAAGAGGCAUUGAUUGCAAAAUGUUUCAGAUAAAUUGUAUAAUUUAGUCGUGAAAUUCAAAGGAAACAAAUAUAGAUGCAAGCCUGUAAAUGUGAACAAGAACCUCAAAAGUUAGUUUUUAAAAAAUAGGCCUUCGUGUAACACUUUUAUUCCUCCAGCACUUUUCAAUAAAAUACACAAGCUUUCAGUGUUUUUCAAAACUAAACCAUUUUUUACUGCCACUGGAAAUGUUCAUGGUGUAGUUAAUGUAAGAAAAACAGCAUAUAUGUUGCUCCACCACAAGAAACGACCCACUUCCUUAGAUCAACCUUCACAGAAGAUUUAAGAUGUGUUUUAAAAUAACAAUAGUUACUAAAGCUUAUUUCAGAGUGGAAACUGCAAGGUUUUUGACUGGGUUCUAAGGUUGCCUAACGUUAGGGCAAAAAAAACUUUCAUAUUGAUUUAUAAUAAUUUAUUGUACCAGCAUGCUGAGACUGAGAAUUCUUUGUUUCAAUUUUUACUUCUUUACAGUGUGGAAUGUUAUGAUAUAGAUACUGAUUUGUGGAGACUAGUAUCACCACUUGUUGAACGUCGUAGUGGGGCAGGAGCAGCAUCCCUUAACGAGUAUGUUUAUGCCAUUGGAGGGUACAAUGGAGAUGCACAGUUGAGCAGUGUGGAACGUUACGACCCAACACUUGAUACAUGGACAGUUACAUCACCUCUUAUUCACAGGAGGAGUGCCUUAAGUGCAACUGUGCUCCUUAAUAAACUUUACGUCGUUGGUGGGUAUGAUGGCGAGGGGUUUUUGAGUACUCUUGAGGAGUAUUUCCCAGAGGAAGAUCGCUGGAAACUGGUUAGCAGCAUGAAUUUGGGAAGAAGUGGGGCUGGAAUUGCAGUGGGAUGGAAACCAGCUAUGUGAUCACAACAGUAUUGUUACUCAUGGGUAAACUGGUCAUUUAAUAAGACCUUGGAAAGGUCAGCACAUGAACACAUGUAUAACAUGAAAUUAAACUUUUCCCAAAUGAAAAAUGUAUGGCUAUAAUGAAGACACAUUCUACUGCUAUGUGUAAGCAUAAUGCUACCAAAGACAUUCUUUUAUGUUAUAAGUUACAGUCGUUGUCAUAACUGUCAUUAGAGGUUGUUAGAUUCAAAGAUGAGGAUGACUAUGAGAACAAGAUUUUCCCAAAACUAAAUAGCAUAUGCACGUGAAGCUGAGUCACUUUGGUUGGAAAUUUUAAUAGCUGUCGUCAUUCAACUUUGGGCUUUAGCAAGAAUGUCAUGGUGGUGGCUUAACCUCCACCAAGAAAAAUAAUCAUGCUAACUUUAAUUUUUUGAAGGUUUUUCGAGGUGUUUAGGUUCUGAGAAUAAUGCAACAAAAAAACUUAAAGUUAAAUCUUGUGCACAUAGUCCUCCUUUUCUUUGAAUCUACAGGUCUCUAUUAAUAGGACCUGUGCAGGGAAUUUUGUCUGCUACAAGAACUGAGAGCCUCUGUUACUUUUGAUAACAACCCAUACGUUGCAAAAAGGAAAUGACACCUUGUCCAACUUCCUGGCCUACCACGCAGAUGUUUUUAGGGCUUCAUCACCCAUUCCUCCCUCAUAAACAUUCAUGAGGGAAGAACGCAUGACCAAGAGCUGCACGGGAGGCUACCCACUUGGUUGCCUACUUCAAUAAUUAGUGACAGCCCUGCCGCAGUAACUUGUGAGUGCUCUUAUCACAGUGAUCAGGCCUCAGUAGUUAGAAAGGUGGAUCGCGCUAUCCAGUGGAUAAAUUACUAUCCAAAGGUGAUUUAUCCAGGGGAUAGCGCUAUCCAACUUUUGAACAACCGGGGCCAGGACUGUAAGUAAGCAACAUGACUGCAGUGGUAACAAACGUGUUAUCUAAAAGCUGUUUUACCUUCUUUCAUUUAACAGAAAUCAUGAAUAUUUCAACACACCUAAUUGUAAGAACA